AGUGCGUCGUUUAAGCUAUUCUAUCCCCCCUUUCUGUGAAUGUGACUACCGGUGAGUCUUAAUUCAUCAAAGAACUUGAUUAGUCUCAGGGGUUGAAGUUCUUCUACGAUUAGAAUGUACAUCCCAAAAACACCUCCAGUGAGCAAAUGCACCAUGGUUGGUUAGUAGGUGCGUUGGUGUCAGGUUCUUAUACCAUUCUUCUUGCCGAUUCAGUCUUUAGUGUCCUGUUAGGAUUCGCAGUUUUUUCCUGCUUCCUUUAAGGCAUUUUAUUACUUCUUUCCUUCCAAAAUUUUCUAGGUCGUCCUUGGAUUGUUUGUAGUCAAUGAGUGAAUUCCUCUAUUUCCUAAUUUUCUUUUGUGGUAUAGCAGCCCCUUCCUUGCAAUGGCGUCAGCUCUCUAGUUUCCCUCUACUCCUACUUGUUCUUGGAAUCUGUAAUGACCCAAUUAUACCAAGAAAUGUUUCGAUCCUCCAAAAUAGUGGGGGGAGUCGUUGUAAAGCAUGCAAUGACCUCAUUGCCAAGAUUUGGUGGGGGUUUGUUUACGAGCCGAUGGAGGCUUGCCCACUUCUAAGACUCGGUCGUCCGUCUGUGGCUCGUACUCCGUACGGCGUAUCCUCCCGAAAAAUGAUAAUUCGCAACUUAACCUCAAAAACAAAUAAAUGAUCGUCGGGAAUUAAAAUCGACAUCAUGUAAACAGUGUGUUCUCCGUAUUAUAAUGGAACUGCUCAUAGAGACCGGUGGAAGGAAGUUGUGUAGUCCGUCGAAAAGCAAAAAUUGUUGCAGGGAGAGAAAAGUUCCGAAACCGACGGGGAAAAUGGUGGAAGAGAUAGCGGCGACGCUCCCGGACUCGGCAUUGGAAGUUAUAUUCUCGUACUUGGACCUCCAUGACCUGAGAAACUGUUCUCUAGUGUGUAAGAAGUGGUAUAGUUUUUUAAACGACGAAAACAACGACGUCUGGAGGCUGCACUGCGUCCGGAAAUUGGCCGAGGAGGCCCUCAAGUCGGACCUGCUCUCCUCCGUCCCGACGUACAAGGCGAAGCUGCGCGCCUUCUACCACGCCUGGAACCCGAACGACUGCUCGAGGAACGUGUACAUCAAACCGAACGGGUUCACACUCCACAGGAACCCGGUGGCCCAGAGCACAGACGCCUCCCGGGGGAAAAUCGGCUUCCGCCACGGCCGCCACGCCUGGGAGGUGAUCUGGGAAGGGCCGCUCGGCACGGUGGCCGUCAUCGGCAUAGCGACCAAAGAGGCUCCUCUCCAAUGCCACGGCUACGUCCCGCUCUUGGGCUCAGACGACCAGAGCUGGGGAUGGAACCUAGUCGACAACCACCUUCUCCACAACGGCGAUUCCCAAGAAAACUACCCCCUUCUCAACAACGCCCCCAAAUACCAGGUUGGUGAGAGGAUACGAGUGAUCUUAGACUGUGAUGACAACACUUUAUCAUUUGAAAAAAAUUAUGAAUUCCUAGGUGUUGCUUUUCGAGGGCUCCCUGAUAGAAAAUUAUAUCCAUCGGUCUCAGCAGUAUACGGAAAUACGGAGGUAUCGAUGGUGUACCUUGGUCCUCCUUUGGACGGGUAACAGUGGACAGAUAGUGAAGUUAGUGACAUCAAAUUAACUUAAUUGAUGCUUUAAUUAUUUUUUUUACAUUUAAAAUGUCUUGGUAAGUGGGCAAAACUAAACCAGUUAUGUAAAAUUUUGUCCAAGGAUGUGGAAAAGUGCAUUUUAGGAUCAGUUAUAAAAUAUAAGGACAACUAAUGAUAUUUGUAAAUAGGAAGCAGUGGCAGAUUUAUAAUUCUAUUUUAUUUUAAUUUUUUAUCGUGAAUUCGUUUGUCUUAGGCGAAUAGAGACAAGUGAAAGUUCAACAUACUGGUUUAAUCAUGUUAAUUAUUUAAUUAUAAAAGUUUUUGGCUUUGAACAGCACUGAUUAAAUAGACCAAACUUCUUUUCAUUCGAGCUUGUUGAGAUUCAUCGAUUUAAAAUUAAAAUUACAUUUUACUAUUGAGACUAAUCGUACUAUGUCUAUUGUGUAGGGUUCUAUUCCGAUCAUUAUUCUUCACCACUAGUCUUCCUCAAUUAGGGUUACUGUUAAUUAGGUGUUUUAACUACAUGUGGUUUUAUGUAGUGCAUUGUACAACCCUUUUGAAGAAUGUUCUCCAUAGUGUGAUCUACCAUUGAGAUAAAAUUUAAUUAGUUUAAUUACUGAAAUUUGUAGGGAAUCUCUAGUCAUAAAUAAGCAUCAGGUGAUUUAAAAAAAAAAAUGUUGUUUUUAAUAUUUAUGUCUUGUCAUUUGAUUUGCUGUAAGUGUAGUCCUUGUUUUAUUUCUAUUUUUAAAGGAGACACUGCAAUUAAACGGCUCUGAUUGGGAGUAUGUUGAAAAUUCAAACUUGUACUAAGUGCAAUAUGUGACAAUUCUUUUGUGUUCAUUAGAGAAUAAUAAAUUUUUAAAGUUUUUUUAAAUUAAAUAAUUUUUUAUUUUAUAUUAAAAAGAAUAUUGCCUGUAUUUCGCAAGUUCAGUUAUUAGUAUAUAAAUUAGCAUUGGAUUGCGAUAGAUCUUUUAAUUUGAUCCUCCAAAUAUAUGCUGACUUGAAGCGGGGUUCAGCUAAACUUGUGGAUGUUCUUAUACAGUGCUUUUAUUAUUGGGUUGUCCGGAAAAUAAUGCAGGAUU